UCAGCGCGGUGUGCCCGGCCAUUGGAGGGUGAACCAACGGCAAAAGGAAGACCUUUAAAAAAAUCAGAAAAAAAAAAAAGUGGAACUGGGACUCAGACAAACCUAGGGACUCUGACAGGACCCUGAGCCAAACACCUGCUCCCCCACCCAGUCCCCAGGUUUUAAUAACAACUCUUUUUUUCACAAGAACUGCACUGCAGGACAGCAGGGUGCCCUUUUUAGGGCAGUUCCCUCAAUGACGUAAGGACCUCCUAGGAGCUACCUGCCACAGGCUGCCUCAGCUCCUGCGUCUCCACACUGCCCACCCAGCUCCACGCUCGGGAACCUCUGGGGAACCCUUUUCCAGCCUCUCCAAACCGCAGAGCCCUAAGGGCCUCUCUGCCCCGGCCUCGGCGUCCGCCCGGUUCCCGCGCUCCCCGCUGCCCCCUGGUGGCAGAGCCCGAGCGGCGCUGUGCAGCCCUUCGAAAGAACCCUGGCUGUAUCAGAAGCCAUGAAUCCGAGGAUGGUGCCAGGAGGCUCCUCUAACCUCAAGGCCCCGGAGUCGACGCCAAACGCCCAGGCACUGCCGCCGGGAGGAGCAACAGGGGCUCAGAGCCACCGUCGGUGCGGCCAUGGGCGAGGCUCUGGAGCUGCUCUUGGUGUGUGUGGGGCUGCUCGUGUGCCUGGCGUGCCUGGGACGGUGCGUCCGACUCUGCAGCUGCGCCUUCCGGAGCUGCUGGCAGGUUUUGCCCAGCGCGUUCUUGCAGUCCAUGGGACAAUGGGCAGUGGUCACCGGAGCGGGAGACGGGAUUGGAAAGGCGUAUUCGUUGCAGUUAGCAAAACAUGGACUCAACGUUGUGCUGAUCAGCCGGACACUGGAAAAACUGCAGGCCGUUGCCACAGAGAUUGACAGGGCCACGGGGCGCAGCGUGAGGAUCAUACAGGCGGACUUUACCAAGGACGACAUCUAUGAGACUAUUAAAGAAGAACUUCAAGGCUUAGAAAUUGGCAUUUUAGUUAACAACGUGGGAAUGCUGCCGAGCCUCCUCCCGAGGCGCUUCCUUAACACGCCCGAUGAGAUCCAGGGCCUCAUCCAUUGUAACAUCACUUCAGUUGUCAAGAUGACACAGCUAAUUCUGAAACACAUGGGGUCAAGGCGCAGAGGCCUCAUCCUGAACAUCUCCUCCGGGGCAGCCCUCUUUCCUUGGCCUCUGUACUCACUGUACUCGGCUUCCAAGGCUUUUGUGUGUACGUUUUCCAAGGCCCUGCAAGCUGAGUAUAAAGAGAAGGGAGUCAUUAUCCAGGUGCUGACGCCCUAUGCUGUCUCGACCUCAAUGACAAAGCAUCUAAACACCAACGUCAUCACCAAGACGGCGGAUGAGUUUGUGAAAGAAUCGCUGAAUUACAUCACGAUUGGAGAUGAAACCUGCGGCUGCCUUGCCCAUGAAAUCCUGGCGGGCUUUCUGAGCCUGAUCCCGGCGUGGGCCUUCUACAGCAGCUGGUGCCAGAGGCUGCUCCUGACGUACUACGCGGAUUACCUGAAGCAGAAUGCCAGGGUCAGCUAGGCCGGCCGUGGGCGCCGGGGCUGUGCCGCUCCUCCACACCUGCGCUGGCCAAAGGGGACCAGAGAGGCGGGGCAGCCCCUUGGCACCCUGCAAGGAGCAGGAAUGACGGCGCCCAAACCCUGGGCCUAGAAUUUACUUUUUUUUUUUUUUUUUUUGGCC